AUGGCCUACAGGCUCCAGCACUUAACAGGUAUCAGUUGUGCGAGGGCUUCUCCUGCGCAGGAUGAGAGUUUAUAUCUCGUGAAGGCUCGUGAAGCAAUGAGUUUAUUUACAGGUGUAAGAUUCAUGCUUCAAAUACUCUUGCUGUGUUGCACUCGAGGGAACAAUUUAGGUUUUGAAUUGUAUAUGUUGAGUAUUGGUGAUGUAGCGUUACCUUUUUUCCUGUUGAAUAGCGGCGUAGGGAUCGGACACAGCUGGGGUGAGACGUGCAUCAGGGAGGUGCCUGUGGCGAGGGCCGCCCUGAGCGUCUUGAUUUACAAGAGAGGAGAUGGGGAGGCGACGGGUGCUGUGCCGGGCCCUGCUGCCCUCACCUCACCGCUGCUGCUGAGAGGCAGCCGCCAAGGCCUGGCGCGAGGCCUGGGUGGCUGCAUCCACAUGAGGGAGACAGCGCGACAGGCGUCCGAGGCUUCGUCAGCGGGAAAAUGUACCCAAGUGCCACGUGAAGAAGCCAACCGCGAGGUGCGCAAGCGGCCCGUGAUGCUGUCGGCUGCUUCUGCUGCCGAAUGCUGCUGGGGCAGAGUUUGGGUUUCUGCUCCCAAGGAUGCUUCAUCUGCAGACAUUCGGAAGGCGUAUCGAAAACUUUCACUAAUUUUACAUCCGGACAAGAAUAAAGAUGAAAAUGCAGAAAUACAAUUUAGACAGUUGGUGGCAAUCUAUGAGGUUUUAAAGGAUGAAGAAAGGAGGCAGAGGUAUGAUGAUAUUCUGAUCAAUGGUCUACCAGAUUGGCGACAGCCUGUAUUCUACUACAGGCGGGUGAGAAAAAUGAGCAAUGCUGAGCUGGCAUUACUCCUGUUCAUUAUACUCACAGUGGGUCAUUAUGCUGUGGUUUGGUCAAUCUACCUGGAAAAACAGCUGGAUGAACUGCUUAGCAGAAAAAAGAGGGAGAAGAAGAAGAAAACAGGAGGCAGGAGUGUGGAUGAAACCAAAUCUGCUGCUUUUGACAAAAAUGAAAGAGUCCUGGACAAACCACAGUGGCAUGACUUGCUCCCUUGCAAGCUGGGAAUCUGGUUCUGUCUCACUGUGAAAGCUUUACCUCAGCUAAUCCAGGAUGCCAGACAAUUAUAUAUAGAAUAUAAAGAAACAAAAAUGAAGGAGAAAGAAGAUGCCCUGGCUAAAGCUGAACUUGAAACACUUCAGAAGGAGAAGAAACCUAAAGUCAAGAAACCAAAAUCUGAAUUCCCUGUAUACACAGUGCUGGAGUCAAAUGCAUAUAUACCAACAUAUGAUCAUGGAGCUUCUAUUGAAGAGAUUGAGGAACAGAUGGAUGACUGGCUGGGAAGCAGGAACAGAACACAGAAGAAGAAGGCACCCGAGUGGACAGAAGAGGACCUCAGCCAGCUGACAAGAAGUAUGGUUAAGUUCCCAGGGGGGACCCCAGGUCGAUGGGAAAAGAUUGCUCACGAAUUGGGUCGAUCGGUGGCAGAUGUGACGGUGAAGGCCAAGCAGGCGAAGGCGGCUGUGGCGAGCGCGCCAGGUAUCAUCAGGCUCUCGGAGCUGAAGAGCCUGGCCCAAAACUCCAGGAAUGUCAAAGUCGGCCCGAACUUGCCCGACCACAUAAUCACGCAGCGAGAGCGAGGUGAGGAAGAGGAGGAGGAGGAGGAGCAGGAGGGGAGCGACCAUCGCGUCCCAGAGCAGCUGGGGCUCCAAGCGGAUCACACGGAGAGCAGCGAAACCAGGCAGCGCAAGCGGAAAGUUAUCAGGGGACCCGAAAUGGUCCCAGCAGCAGCCAAAGAGGUCCCGGGAGAGAAGGGCAGGGGGAGGCGCCAGAAGGACUUUGACAGCGCAGAGCAGGACGAAGAGAGCGACGAGGAGAGCAGGAGGCGCGAGCGGAGCCGAACCGCGGAGGAGCUGUGGACUCAAAAUCAGCAGAAACUGCUUGAAAUGGCCCUGCAGCAGCACCCGAAGGGAACAGCAGAUCGCUGGGAUAAAAUAGCAAAAUGUGUUCCUGGAAAAAGUAAGGAGGAGUGUAUAGCAAGAUACAAGUUGCUUGUUGAACUGGUACAAAAGAAAAAAAUGGCUAAAAACUGAAUGUUCUCAGCAGAAGAAACUUGAUGUCUUUG